CCCCUCCUUAUAGUGCAGCUUCUGACAGGUUGGCUCACCCCUGGGCUUGCUCCUCCUCCACAUCCAACCAUGGACAGGUCUAAGAGCUGCUUCUUCCAAGAUCAGCCAACAACUCUCUUCAGUUGCCUGGAAGACUAGAGCCAAGCAGAGUCCCAUAGAGGACACAGAUGCACCAGGUGCCAAGUUUGCUUUAAAGCCUCUCUCCCAGUAACUUUUAAGCUUUCAGAGAUGGGAACUGGGACCUACAUGCAGCUGCCCUAACGCACACUCACCGGGGACCUCUAUCUUCAGCAGUUUUCGGAUCAUCUCGGUGUCAGCUGGACCCCUUCAUUAACCAAAAUGGACUUGGCUCCUGAGCAAAACUGGAUUGUAUUGCUUGUAAGCAACCAUUAAGUGCACCCUCCGUGGCAUGAGCAGAACGUGAAGGGCUACCUGAGGACAUCAGCCAGCGCCUAUGACAGCGCAUUGACUACAGCAGCGAGUUCAGCACCUAGGACAGCGCAUCGGCUACAGCAGCGAGUUCAGCACCUAGGACAGCGCAUUGACUACAGCAGCGAGUUCAGCACCGCGGACAGCGCACUGGCUACGAAUUGAGGAGAACUGGGAGUUCAGCACCGCGGACAGCGCUCAGGCUGCGUAUUGAAUUCAGCCGGGAGUUCAGCACUGCGGACAGCGCACUGUCUGCUUAUUAGCAGCUUUUUGCACUAACACCUACCUGCAACCCAGCAGCCCUAUAAUAAUAUAAUGCGGGCAGGUACGCCCCUGGAUGUUUGCUCAGGUUAAAAUCCCGGGAGGUUGCUAGAUUUAUCUGUCUAUAAGGAACAAUCUUGGAACAGAAGCUCUUGGAAGCUCAACCUCUCAGCACCCAACAACAUCAUGUGUUAUUGUGUGGGGGAGAUGCUGCGCGUCACAUGUCUUAUCUGUUAUAUAAUGGCUUGCACAACAGUGUCGCAUUCCCAGAGGACGCGCUCUCACGCCGAGGAACGCCUAUUCAAGAGCCUGUUCAGUGGAUACAACCGAUGGUCCAGGCCAGUACCAAAUACCUCAGAUGUCGUCAUUGUCAAAUUUGGCCUCUCCAUAGCCCAGCUCAUAGACGUGGAUGAGAAGAACCAAAUGAUGACAACGAACGUCUGGCUGAAGCAGGAAUGGAAUGACUAUAAACUGCGGUGGAAUCCGGCAGACUAUGACAAUGUCACCUCCAUCCGGGUCCCCUCAGAGAUGAUCUGGAUUCCAGAUAUUGUACUGUACAACAAUGCGGAUGGGGAGUUCGCGAUCACACACAUGACGAAAGCCCAUCUGUUUCACAACGGGAAGGUAAAGUGGACCCCCCCGGCUAUCUACAAGAGCUCCUGCAGCAUUGACGUCACCUUCUUCCCCUUUGACCAGCAGAACUGCAAGAUGAAAUUUGGUUCUUGGACUUACGACAAGGCCAACAUUGACCUUGAGAGCAUGGAGCGCAACGUGGACCUGAAGGACUACUGGGAGAGCGGGGAGUGGGCCAUAGUCAACGCUGUUGGGACGUACAACUCUAAAAAGUAUGACUGCUGCACGGAAAUAUACCCCGACAUCACAUACUUCUUUAUCAUUAGGAGACUGCCCCUGUUCUACACCAUCAAUUUAAUUAUUCCAUGUCUUCUGAUCUCCUGCCUUACCGUCCUGGUGUUCUAUCUUCCAUCCGACUGCGGGGAGAAGAUCACUCUCUGCAUCUCCGUACUUUUGUCCCUCACUGUCUUUCUUCUGCUGAUCACAGAGAUCAUCCCCUCCACAUCACUGGUGAUCCCACUGAUUGGGGAGUACCUCCUCUUCACCAUGAUCUUCGUCACGCUCUCCAUUGUCAUCACCGUUUUCGUGCUGAACGUGCACCACCGCUCACCUAGUACUCAUAAGAUGCCUCUCUGGGUGCGCUCAGUCUUUCUGGACCACAUACCCAGGUGGCUUUUUAUGAAGCGGCCACCGGCUCCGGUGGAAGACAUUAUUGGUCAGUAUGACACGCCGGAGCUUAAACUUAGUACUUCCAAAUACUGGAUGGAGACGGAUGUGGACGAUAAAUGGGGGGAACAGGAGGUUGAGAUGCAGCCUUGCCACGUACAUCACAUGUCCACCCACACCCACAGCGUUCAGUACCGUUAUGACUAUAACCAUCCCGUGCCAGGGGGGCAGUGCCAGACCCCUCGACAAAACAAGGCGGAGAGCGCUGAACCUAAUUUCUUGCUCUCCCCGAGCAUUUUAAAAGCUUUAGAAGGCGUUCACUACAUAGCGGAUCACCUGAGGACUGAGGACGCUGAUUUUUCUGUAAAGGAAGACUGGAAGUACGUAGCGAUGGUGAUAGACAGGAUAUUCCUCUGGAUGUUCAUCAUCGUCUGUUUGCUAGGGACCAUUGGACUGUUUCUCCCCCCAUUCCUGGCCGGAAUGAUAUAGGACUUUCUCACAAGCGCUAGGCCAGUCCUCCGGGGGGUAGAGUGCCCCUUUCCUGCCAAUAGGAGGAGAGGAUCCUGCGGGCCCACAUCUCAGGCUUCUGGACUCGGCGGUCGCUGGACACACGGACACACUGGUGCUGGGCCCCUUCCGGACGACAGAUGGGACGUUCGCUGACUAAGGGAACUUGCUCCUGAAUAAAAUAAAUGAUUGAGAUGA